GAUGACAUUGCUCCUGGGCCCUCCUGGUUCUGGUAAAACUACAUUGCUUUUAGCGCUUUCAGGGAAGCUUGAUAAUGGCUUAAAGAAAAGAGGAAUUAUUACGUAUAAUGGACAUAAGCUGGAUGAAUUUUGCGUGCAAAGAACAUCAGCUUACAUAAGCCAGACAGAUAAUCAUAUCGCCGAGUUAACUGUAAGAGAAACCUUAGAUUAUGCGGCGAGAUUCCAAGGUGCAAGUCAAGGUUUUGCAGACUAUAUGAAAGACAUUGAUCGUCUAGAGAAGGAAAGGAAUAUACGUCCAAACUCUGAAAUAGACGCGUAUAUGAAGGCAUCUUCUGUUGGUGGUAAGAAUUGGGUGCUUGAAAAGACUUCCUAUUUUCUGGACGUAUGGAAGGAAAGUAACGUGGCUACAUGGAAUUUCAGUCCAGAUGACAGAACAGUUGCUAAUAAUGGUUUUCCAUACACAGGCGAAAUGAUUGUCGGGCCCAGGAAAACACUUUUCAUGGAUGAAAUAUCUACUGGACUUGAUAGCUCUACAACGUACCAAAUCGUCAAGUGCAUAAGAAAUUUUGUUCAUUUAAUGGAAGGAACAGUGUUAAUGGCGCUUCUUCAACCUGCACCUGAGACUUUUGAAUUGUUUGAUGAUCUGGUAUUACUCUCUGAAGGAUAUGUCGUGUACCAUGGUCCUCGAGCAAAUGUUAUUGAAUUCUUUGAGUCAUUAGGAUUUCGACUGCCACCUCGUAAGGGUGUCGCAGAUUUUCUUCAAGAGGUUACCUCAAGAAAGGAUCAGGCACAAUACUGGGCUGAUAAUUCCAGACCAUAUGAAUACAUUCCUGUUCCUGCAAUAGCUGAAGCGUUUAGAAAUUCCAGAUAUGGGCAGGAUUUAAAAUCCUCCCUUUCUAUUCCAUAUGAUAGAUCCAAAGGCCAUCCUUCAGCUCUAUCUACAACAAAGUUUGCUGUUCCCAGAUGGGAGCUGUUUAAAGCUUGUUUCUCGAGAGAGUGGCUUCUAAUGACUAGGCAUAGUUUUCUUUAUAUCUUCAGAACAUGUCAGGUUGCUUUUGUUGGAUUUGUAACAUGCACAAUGUUUCUAAAAACGCGGAUACACCCCACAGAUUUGGUGAAUGGCAACUUGUAUCUUUCUUGCUUGUUUUUCGCCUUGAUUCAUAUGAUGUUCAAUGGAUUUUCAGAACUGCCUCUCUUAAUAUUCCGCCUCCCAGUAUUCUACAAGCAAAGAGAUAAUUUGUUUUAUCCUGCAUGGGCGUGGUCCUUCUGUAGUUGGAUUCUGCGUUUACCUUACUCUGUAAUUGAAGCUGUUGUAUGGUCUUGUGUGGUAUACUGGGCUGUAGGUUUCGCACCUGGUGCUGGGAGGUUUUUCUGCUACUUGUUUGCACUAUUUGCAGUACACCAGAUGGGAAUGGGUCUCUUCCGAUCAGUAGCUUCUAUUGCACGAGAUUUAGUUAUCUCAAAUACAAUUGCGUCAGCUGCACUGCUAGUCACAUUUUUAUUGGGCGGUUUUAUCCUGCCAAAAGGAAUGAUCAAGCCAUGGUGGGUGUGGGCAUUUUGGGUUUCACCAUUGUCCUACGGACAACGAGCGAUUUCAGUUAAUGAAUUUAAGACAACCACCGGAAACAUUACUCUUGGGAAUGCUGUUCUGCAAUCGUAUAGCUUACCAACAUCCCAUAACUGGUAUUGGCUGGGAGUAGGUGCUUUAUUGCUCUACGUUUUGUUUUUCAACAUGGUUCUGACUCUAGCCUUGACUUUUCUCAACCCAAUAAGAAAAUCUCAGGCAAUUGUUCCACCAGAAGCUGUUGGUCUAAAAUCAACUAUAGAUGGAAAGAGUAAGAUUUCUGAGUCAAAUGGAGACCCUGGCCAGGAGACGACAAAAAAAAAGGGGAUGAUACUCCCAUUCCAACCACUGACAAUGACUUUCCAUAAUGUCAAAUACUUUGUUGACAUGCCAAAGGAAAUGAGUUCAGAAGGAAUACCUGAAAGGAAGCUGCAACUACUGUCAAAUGUUAGUGGAGUUUUCUCUCCCGGUGUUCUUACUGCAUUGGUUGGUUCGAGCGGAGCAGGAAAAACCACAUUGAUGGAUUGCCUAGCUGGAAGAAAGACUGCUGGAUAUAUAGAGGGUGAUAUUAGGAUAUCAGGAUACCCGAAACAACAACAGACUUUUGCUAGAAUUUCAGGAUAUGUUGAACAAAAUGAUAUACAUUCUCCUCAAGUGACAGUUUAUGAAUCCCUAUUGUUUUCUUCUUAUCUCCGUCUUCCCAAAGAAGUGAAUAAGGAACAAAGAGAGGAGUUUGUCAAAGAGGUAAUGGACUUGGUGGAACUUGACUCUCUAAAGAAUGCUUUGGUAGGCUUGCCUGGCAGUUCUGGCUUAUCAACAGAACAAAGAAAGCGCUUGACAAUUGCAGUAGAACUUGUCGCAAAUCCUUCCAUAAUUUUCAUGGAUGAACCUACAUCUGGGCUUGAUGCACGAGCAGCAGCCAUUGUAAUGCGAACUGUUCGUAAUACUGUAGACACUGGCAGAACCGUUGUUUGCACGAUCCAUCAGCCAAGUAUUGACAUUUUUGAAGCAUUUGACGAGCUUCUUCUUAUGAAACGCGGAGGACAAGUAAUAUACGGGGGGAAGCUUGGGGAGAAGUCGCAAACUAUGAUUGACUACUUUCAGAGUAUCCCUGGGAUAACACCAAUUCCUAGUGGUUAUAAUCCUGCAACCUGGAUGCUUGAGAUAAGUACGCCAGCUGCUGAAGAGAGAAUAGGAGAAGAUUUUGCAGUAAUAUACAGAAAUUCUGAGCAGUUCAGGGGGGUGGAAGCCUCAAUUAAGCAUCUGAGCGUCCCGCCUGAGAAUUCACAACCUCUAAAGUUCACCACCAUGUACAGUCAAGGUGCACUUUCUCAGUUUAGGAUCUGUCUGUGGAAGCAAAAUCUAGUGUACUGGAGAAGUCCGUCUUAUAAUGCUGUUAGGUUGUUCUUCACAACAUUGAGUGCUCUGAUUCUUGGUUCUGUAUUUUGGGAUGUCGGUUCGAGAAGGGACUCAACUCAGAAUUUGUUCGUUGUUAUGGGCGCGCUUUAUUCUUCAUGCUUGUUCCUGGGAGUCAAUAAUGCUUCUUCUGUACAGCCGGUAGUUGCUAUUGAGAGAACAGUUUUCUACAGGGAGAAAGCUGCUGGAAUGUACUCUCCCCUACCAUAUGCAGUAGCUCAGGGGUUAGUCGAGAUUCCAUACAUCCUCAUCCAGACAUUACUAUAUGGAGUCAUUACAUAUUUCAUGAUCAACUUUGAAAGGACACCUGCCAAAUUUUUCCUAUAUCUACUGUUCAUGUUUCUGACAUUCAGCUAUUUCACCUUUUACGGCAUGAUGGCUGUUGGUCUUACGCCAACUCAACAUUUGGCUGCUGUCAUUUCAUCUGCAUUCUAUUCGCUGUGGAACCUCAUGUCUGGCUUUCUUGUUCCAGCACCCAGUAUCCCUGGAUGGUGGAUAUGGUUCUACUACAUCAGCCCAGUGGCAUGGACGUUACGAGGCAUCAUUAGCUCUCAACUUGGCGAUGUAGAAGAACGAAUUACAGGACCUGGGUUUGAAGGCACUGUCAAAGAGUAUCUGGAGGUCAGUCUAGGUUUUGAACCUGGGUGGAUUGCCUGGUCAGCUGUCAUACUUGUUGCAUUUAGCUUGCUCUUCUUCUCUGUCUUUGCAAUAUCAGUCAAAGUUCUCAACUUCCAAAACAGAUGAUCAGAAAUCGAGAUCCUUGGAACUAUGAUUGUAAUUUCUUCUUGGCAUCUUUGGAUUGCUGAUCUUGAAAGGUCCAAUGAAGCAACCAAAAGCUUGAUUUUAUAUCAAACUAUGGAUUGAAUCAGAUAGGAAGUUGCUUUGUAGAAUUUCUUUGAUCAGACCCCAGGCUACAAAACUUUUACAAAUAUUUGCUUUGUUACAAGAUAUUUCUUAGACAGGAUUAAACAUACCGGAUGUUGCAAAUUUUGAAAUGAGAAUUCUUUUCAUCCUCUCUCAAA